GUGGCCUGGCGCGCGGGCCGUGGGACGCUCUCCGACCUCUCACCCGGCCCGCGACCCCGGCCGGCAUGGCGCGGCACGUGUUCCUCACGGGGCCGCCAGGGGUUGGAAAAACAACAUUGAUCCGGAAAGCCAGUGAGGCCUUAAAGUCCUCCGGUGUGCCUGUCGAUGGGUUCUACACAGAAGAAGUCAGACAAGGGGGAAGAAGAAUAGGAUUUGACGUCGUCACUCUGUCCGGCGCCCGGGGCCCUUUAUCUAGAAUUGGGUCAGAGCCUCUGCCUGGAAAACGUGAAUACCGUGUUGGGCAGUAUGUGGUUGAUCUGGCUUCUUUUGAGCAGUUGGCCCUUCCUGUCUUGAGGAAUGUUACCAAGGAAAACAGAAGCAGCCUUUUGCAAGAUAUCGUGACGUGUGUGCAGAGCAGCAGGAAGUGAAGACGAUUUGCGUUGCUGCUUUCCCACGUGUGAAGAGUGUUCCCAGUUCACGUGGGGCCUGACAGGCACUUUGCCUGUCAAGGUAUGAUGCCUCAGGUUUACGGUCACCAAGGUCUUAAAACCUCAUGGGUUUUUCCAAGGAAAGCUUGACAGCUGGUUUCCAUAAAAUGUUUCAGAGAUCGAAUUAGCCUUAAUGCUGGAUUGACUGUACAAGAUUAACAAUCCAUUAUGGUUUAUUUAUGCUUAAAGAUUUCUGUUUAUUUCCUCUUGCAGUCGUGUGCAUGAUUUUGGUUAAUUAUGAAAUGAGAAAUGGUUUUGAGACUAUUAGUUGGAAUUUGCCCCCACUGAAGUUUAUAAUGUGUUCAGAGGAAGGGGAAAAAGGAGUUCACUACUUAAUCAAUUUUGCAUGUCAUGAAAAUUAAAUUCCUUUCCAGGUGCAGCUUUAGUUUUAUGCCAUUUAAAGUGGUAACAGUUAUUUGAUUUUUAAAAAUUAUUAUUCCAAAAGAAAACCAUCCCAGUUUCUUGUUGUUUAUUUGUUUAUUGCUUAAUAAAUAUCAUGAUCAGUCUGAUGGCUACAGCCACCUGAGUCCUUGUGCAGAAGGGAUGAGUGGUUUCUAAGAGCGUUCCUGUCCUUUGGUAUUCAGCAGGUACUGGUCAGAGCUCGGCCCACGUGGGUUCAGAUCAGAGUCCGCUUGGGCUGCAUUAACUUAGGCACAGUUCUUGGACUUGUGUGUGCCUGUUCACCAUCCAGAAUAUAGGGGCCGGGCUGUCCUCAAAGCAUGGCAGUACCACAGCACAGAUGGAAAUGAGCACCACCACUCUGCGCAAUUCCGUUAAGAACUCAACAGUGCAAUGGACUGGGUCCAGUAAGAAUAAUGUUAUAAAAACUUAAAAUUCAACCCACAGCAUUGGCACUUUAGUGAAAGUAGAAAAGACUGAGCAUAACUUGUUUGUCUUGAUUCCUAAUAUGAACUCAAAGUCUAAAAACUUCCCUCCAAGUUACUGGUGGUACUCGGUAUGGAUUGAAUUGUGUACCCCAAAAGUACGUGCUGUAAAGCCUAACCCCCAUACCUGUGGAUGUAAUUCCCUUUGGGAACAGGACUUUCUUUGUUAUGUUAAUGAUACCAUAUCAGUGUAGAGUGUGUCUUAAGCCAAUCAUCUUUGAGAGAGAACAAGAGCAGAUGAGGCAGAGAGGAAGAUACAAGCCACCUGAAGAUCGCUAAGGAAUGGAAGAAUAAAAGCUGAAAAGAAACAAGGACCUUUCCCCAGAGCCGACAGCGAGCCUUCCCCUAGGGCCAGUGCCCUGAAUUUGGACUUCUAUCCUCCUGAACUGUGAGUGGUUAAGAGCUACAGCUACUAACCAGAAAGUCAGCAGCUCAAAUCCGCAAGCUGCUCCUUGGAUGCCCUAUCGGGCAGUUCUAUUCUGUCCUGUAGGGUUGCUAUGAGUCAGAAUCACUUGGCAGCAAUGGGUUUGGAUCUUUUUUUUUUUUUUUUGGUUUAAACCGUGAGAAAAUAGAUUGAUUAAAGCCACCCACUUGGGACAUUUCUGUUAUAGCAGCACCAAGAAACUAAAUACUAUAGUGAGAAACAGUUGAGUGUUUUAUUUAGGUCAUUUUUGGUCAUGAUAUAUGACUAUUUUAAGAUUUUUUAGCAACUGGAGCUAGCAGCAAACCCCACUGCUGUUCAUGCCAGGGUAUGUCUCCCUGUCUGCAGCCAUGGACACAGGCGUUCAGCCAGUAAGCACGUAUGGACAAGCUAUCCCAUGAGCAGGGCACUGGGACACAGUGGACACAGAAAGUACUCACUUCUCUAAACCAAGUAAGUGAUUUGCAGCUGCGACAGGCUCUGACAUUUGAUUCAGUCUCUUUCCUCAGUGCGUCUUUCCAAAGUAACUUUCUGAAGCUGGCUCUGGAUUUGCCAGCCCUUUGAGGGAUCACAACAGAAAGGCUUAAAGAUUAUGAAUUAAUCCUUUAAAAAGGUUACUUGCCCAGUAUGAGGAAAGGGCUCCUCCUUCCCACUACUGCUGCCAUGGCUGCAUUUGUUCAGGGAGACCAAUGCCAAGCUCCCUGGUGUUUGACAGUGUUGAGGUGACUCCCAGCCCCUGUCUCUGGGGACGGGAGGAGGGCUGAGUGCAUAGAGAUACACAUUAGCAUGGCACGGUGGCUAGAGGCUUCUCACAAAGUGGGGCACCAUCCCGAUCAGGAAGCUGGGGUCCUGCCCCACCCAUAGACCUGCUUUCCUGCUGUUCAACCUUUGGGUAAGCCUUUCUUAGCCUCCAGAGAACUAGAGAGGGAGGGAGGCAGGCUGAGGGCAUUUGUACAGACACAAAGGACAGCCGGCCUUGGGCCUAGUGGAGCUAUCAGCCCCAGCUGAGGGGACCUCUCAGGGAGGGACCUUUACUCUCCACCUCUGUAAGGCGCCAUGUAUUUAUAAGGCUUCUUACACAUCUGCCAUAUGACUGAACGUGCCAACUUCUGGUCCGUUUGGUGACUGUUUAGUAGACUUUAAUUUUGUAUUAAAUUGGAAAGAAAGCUGAUGGGAUUACUUCAAAAAAGCCAGGUGUGCUUUUGAAGGGGUAAGGAUGCAGCUGCCUCCUACAAAGUAUUCUCUUUGUAAAAAUGUCAGGAGUGACCCCUAACAUUGUGGGGUACCACAGCUUCAUGUAUGCUUUCUCCUUUAUUGGUAAAUUUAGAUCAAGAUCAUAGCACUGGCAGUGGCUGAGACACGGUUUGGACCCAGAUCUACCUGUGUUCUUUCCACUGUGCCCCACUGUGGCCUUGCUUGAGCUUUCUGUCAUUUCCUGUUACUCUGAGCCUAUCAUGUGCUCCCAGAACUCAGAGUUGCUAUUUAGCUAUGAUAAACUAUGGCCAGUAUAAAUCCAAAGAAUAUUUAGUGUCUGCUUUGUGCAGGGUCCUUAAAUGAUCGUUGAGUUACUUUGUCAGCCAGAAUGAUCACAGAGCAUGUAUGAAGAUGUCAGACACAAUCCCUGUAUCUCAAGAAAUGAAAUGUAAUGGAGAAUGAGAUGAAGUCACAAAUAACUAAUGUAGGGCCAAUGUGCACAGCCCUUAGAAGGAGUAUUCAGCUGAGACUUAUAGGAAGAAGGUCGCGUUGGGGGAUCAGGAGAAGAUACUGUGGGUUCACUCGCUUCCUGAGCACAGCCAUGGCUGGAGGAAGGCAGGCGGGGCACGUGUGGGUGUGGGUGCUAGCUCUGAGGUGAGGCGGGGUGGGUGGCAGGGGCAGGCAGACAACAGGAAUUCUCUAUAUGCCUACUUUUGAAAUGCGCACCCUUCAAACAGAUGAAGGUAUCUAACAGACAGCUAGAUGAGUCCAGAUGUCAAGGAGUAACUCAUUUCGAAAAGCACAACAUUGAAAUGGGAGUUGCUGGUAUGAAGAAUUUCAGGCAGAACAAUAUGGUUGGAUGGGACAGCAGAACUGAUUUGGAGAAUGUGUUCACUAGAGCGUUCUUUCUUCUGCCCCAUCCCCUUCCUUAGCAGAUGAUAUUGCUGCCAGCCACUGACCACUUACACAGUAUUUUAAAAAUUGUUUUUCUUUCCUGUUACUUCUGGAUAAGAGUCAGUACAUGUGGGAAGCUGGAGAAGCUUUUUAAACUGAUAGAAUACAGUCUCUCUGACUACAUGGCUGUGGAAUGUGGGGAUAGUAGUAGAAAUAAUAGGGUCUGAACCUGUCUAACUUCAGGGAGAGAGAAGAGAACCGUCAUCAUCAGCCCAGUGCUGAUUUCCAUGAGGUGGAGGUCAAACAUAGCGCCUCCUCCCGUUUUGUUACCAGCUCUGACACCAGCCGUCCUCCCCAGGGCACUCUCUACUUCUCUCUUGGGUUCGAUAAUCUGUUGCAAUGGCCACAUGGAACUCAGACCAUACUUAUAGUUAAAUGGUUCAUUAAGGAAGUAGCAGGGCACAACCCGGAAUCAGGAUCAGGAGGCAUGUAGACAAAAUCUCCCUUCAGCGCAGGACAGCUCUCUCAGCUCCUCUUGGCCCCCUGAGGCUCCCCUUAGCCCUGCCAUCUGUUUCCCUGUAUUCUGCUGCUGGGUGCUGUCUGGGCCUCUCACUGUCUUCACCUAGACCCACGUUACAGCUCUUUAAGGAGGUUCCUUGUCUCCUCUCUCUCCUUCUCUGCUUCUUCUCUCUUCUUUGUUCAUUCUGUUUCCUUCCUGAUUCUUACCAUUUCAAAAGCCUCUGUGGGGUUGGCUGUAUAUAUACACAAACUCCUCGUCAAUUUCUAGGCAUGGCCCUCCACUAGGGCCAUGAACUGACCAAUCCCCUUUUGGUAGGCCACAGACACUUCCCUUGGAUAGAAGGUUAUAGACACUUCAUUUGCAUAGCCUAUUGACCAAUCCCAGCAAGGUGCAUACCAAUCACAGGGUAGACUGCAGCCCAGAUCAGACAAAAAGUAUGAAACCACAAGGUAUUUACAGCUUACCCAGGAAAUGCCAAUCAACCUGGACAAAAGUAACAAACCCUCUGGGGUAGAAAACUAGGGCAAAGGUAACUCCUCAGGCUUAGGGGAAAAAAAUCUAGCAAGCUGUCCAAAGAACCAGGGUAAAAAACUACAUAAAGGAACUCAUUUCACCAAAAUGGCUGACAAGAAGAGGCUCCUAGUGAAGCUACAGAUUCCCUCACUCUUUCCCAGCCCCUCAACAAUUAAAGGGGGUGGCAAUGGUAGCCCAGGAAAAAAAAAAUGCAGUAGGCCUUGAGCCUUCUUUCUAUUCUCUCUGCCUCAGCGUGCAUAGAAGUUUAUGUCUGGAAGAAUUGUGCAUGUGUGUGUUAAUGGCAGAUGCUAGUGUCCCUUCAGCAUGAUGAUUUGGGACAAAAUAGUCGAAAGAGGCGGAGGUGGCUUGAGAGGCAUAAAUAGGCAUUGUUAAUGCACGUUUUAUGGACAAAGAAGUUUGAGCAGCUAAUGAUUUUUGACAACUGCUUGCCAGAUACAGAUGGUUUCAAUGCAGCGUGCAGAGUUUAGAAUCAGUAAUGUCAAAUUAGCUACACGGUUUAUAGAAAACCAAGUGCUAUGGUUUUUAUAUUAUCUUUAGAGGAGAAACAAUCUUGUUCAGUGCCCAAAUGCAGACAUUAACUCUGUAUGCUGGCAGAACAUUUGCAUAACUUUGUCUAGAAGUGUCAACUCAGGAAUGCCUCCUUUAAAUGGGGCUAAUCAUACAAUAUUUUGCAAGGAAUACUCUCCGAUAAAAGCUGACUGGCUGAGGACCAGGUAAAGAAGCUCACAAAUUCCUAACGGUCAUAUAAAAGCUGUGGCUUCAUUGGUGCUGCUGGCCAAGCAGUCACAGAGAACCCUGGAGUGACUUGUACCGAGCUGUUCCCUCUUGCAGGUAUGUACACCUGUAGAUGUAAGUGUGUGCACACAUGCACGUUUUCAGUAGGCAGAUGCAGGAUGGCCUGACUCUUCCUAGGUAAUGCUAAGAAAACAGAGUUGCCAUCAUAGCGGAGGAAUUUGGUCUUGUUGUUGUUGAGAAAUUGUAUACAUUUUCUCCUCCCUCCACCCACCGCCCCCAAAAGACUUCACCAAGAACAAGGUUGAGGAAUAAACAGAUUGAGCAGUUGAAGAAGCAGCUCAGGCAUCUCUCUAGUGGAACCAGAUACAGGAGCACCUGAGGUGCUAUUGACUUCUCCUUCUACAGAACUGGGCUCCCAGCUUCUUCAGCAGAGUUUUGCUUUCUGUGCAACACAGCAGCUCCUGUGUCCUUGAUUCUGGAUACCCAGGGGAGUGAUUUGCUGUGCUGCAGACUUGGUGCCAGGCACUGGUCUUUAUUUUUCUUACUGCAUUUAAGCAGACACGCUUUAUGAGGAGGCUGUACUCAGCAGCUUACAGACCGACGCUUAGUUCUCAGGGCUUUGGUGUACAGUUGCCAGGGAGGAUUUCAGAGCGGCCAGUUAAUUUUGUCUUGGCCAACUUAGAGAACUGUGCCAAUGUUACACCACCUUUUCAUUACACCAGAAAAACUAAAUCUGUUGCUGCUGAAUUGACCCUGACUCAGUGACCCUACAGGACAGAGUAGAAUUGCCCCGUAGGGUUUCCAAUGAGCAGGGGGUGAAUUCAAACUGACAACGCUCUGGUUAGCGGCCGAGCUGUUAACCAUUGUGUCGCCAGGGCUCCUUUCAUUGCACAAACACCUGCACAUGGAUCAGAAAUAACCAAGUUUGCAUCUCUAGGGAUUGCUCAUUUGAAAAUAAUGACACUCUGGCUCUGGUUAUAGAGGCCACCUAUUGCUAUUAAUAGCUAAUUCUUCUCCCCCAAAAUCAUGGCCAUCUGUUUCCAAGGGGUAAGAGAUUCUCUACAAUACUCUAGUAAUGUCACUAGGAUAGGUGUCACCCAGUGUGGUAACUCAUGGUGUCGCCCCCCCCCAUGGACCUCCCCUUGUAUCAGACCAUACAGAAGCCUUGGUGAUGUUUUUUAUACUAAUGUUACUUGUAAUUCCCAUAUAUCACCCCUUCUUUUCCUUUAAUUACUAUUUCAUUCUCAAAAAGUUAUUGGUAGAGGUUCACAAAUACUAAUGACCACAAUAUUGUGGCUAAAAUGACAGAAAAUUUGACAAAAUCAGUGACUGUAAAAACACUGGCAGCAACAAAAACAGCAGUACAUGCUUGUGGCACGUGCAGACAGAACCGUGUGAUCCGAAGCGCCACUGUAAUUGGGUAAUAAUGACAGCUCUGAGCAGAGUGUAUUAGAAAGUUCAGAAGUAAAUGAACAUACAGAGUUUUAGCCUUGUAGGUAUACUGAUACAUGUAAGCUGGGUUUAUGAAAAAUGUUUUUGUUAUAACUAACCACAGGGAUAUUCUUAUAAAAAAUAAUAAAUUUCUGCCAAGAUACUGCACAAAAAUUUUAUAGACAUCAUUUUGGUGUCAUCCCCUCUGACAGUGUCACCUGGUGUGGGCCACACCCCUGCACCCCUCUAAUGAUGCCACUGCAAUACCCUUCUCAUUUUAUUUCUCUCCAAAUUUCCAAAUCCUAGAUACUUUGAAGAAAUUUGUGUGAUCUUUUUCUGAACUGAGUGGUUCUGUUGUCUUUGCAAAAGAGAGAGUUCAACAAGUCCAUGGCCGUACUCUUCUUGGACUGUGUUUCAGGACCCCUUCCCCUCCGUUAUUUGAGCAAGUAUCCAGGUUUCUGCUCUACCCAGUGGGAGCCUUAAGAUGGAAAAGAUAUUCAAGGGACAGAGUAGCAGGGGCGGGGGUCUGGGGACCAUGGUUUCAGGGGAUGUGUAGGUCAGUUGGCAUAACAAAGUUUAUUAAGAAAAUGUUCUGCAUCCCACUUUGGUGAGUGGUGUCUACGGUCUUAAAAACUUUGGAGUGACCAUCUAAGACAUAUCAAUUGGUCCCAACACACCUGGAGCAGAGGAGAAUGAAGAACACCAAAGACACAAGGAAAAUAUUAGCCCACGAGACAAAAGGGCCACAUAUACUAGAGAGACUCCAUCAGCCUGAGACCAGAAGAAAUAGAUGGUGCCCAGCUACCACCAAUGUCUGCCCUGACAGGGAACACAACAGAGAGUGCCUGACAGAGCAGGAGAAAAGUGUGGUGUAGAACUCAAAUUCACAUAAAAGACCAGACUUAAUGGUCUGACUGAGACUAGAGGAACCCCCAAAGACAUGGCCCCUGGACUCUCUGUUAACCCAGAGCUGAAACCAUUCCCAAAGCCAACUUUUCAGACAAAGAUCAGACUGGACUAUGAAACAUAAAAUAAUACUUCUGUAGAGUGUGCUUCUUGGUUCAAGUAGAUACUCGAGACUAAAUGGGCAGCUUCUGUCUGGAAGGCAGAAAGGGAUAGGAGCUGGUUGAAUGGACACGGGAACACUGGGGUGGAAAGGGGAAGUGUGCUGUUACAUUGUGGGGAUUGUAACUAGGGUCACAACUAUGUGCAUAAAUUUUUAUAUGACAAAUUGUGCUGUAAACUUUCUCCUAAAGCACAAUAAAUAAAUUUUUUAAAAGAUGGAAAAUAUGUCUCAAUUUGUCCAAAUUUCAUACUAUAAAGGAUAACCUGGUAGAAAUGACAACAGUUUCAGUGCAUCGGUUAAGUAUAAACAUUUUAAUUCCAAAAACAAAGGUGUGUGCAAAUGUCAGGUGACAUGGUGAGGACUGCUGGGCUUGGAAAACAAGCAUGCGUUCUGAGAAGCCCGCAGGAAUGCUGGGUGUGCAUGGCUUGGUCUUCCGGAGGAGAUCUCCGGAUAGCACUCCACGAGCACUGGGGUCUGAGAGGGCUUUCCAUGCGCUGACAGGUAGAGUCUAAGUGUGUGUCAUCUGUACCCUGGCUCUUCACAGAAUACUUCAGACAUGGCUGCAUGCGCUAGAACGUGUCAUGUAGUCACUAUUGUGUGCUGACCUAACGCCUGCAUAAUCAUAAAGAAACGAGGUUUACCUAGAAAUGCAUUUAGGUUCACCUUAGUGCGUUUUACCAGCUGAUGGUACAAUAAAGGCUGCUGCUCAUUUCCUUUUCACAGUAACACGUAUAAAAUGCCAGCUAUUUAACAUGCAGUUGUCUUAUUUUCAUCAGGGCAGGAAAGAGUCAGUUAUGUGCUCUAGUUGAUUUUAAGAUAGUAAAUGGCUUUCAUUUGAAAUUUCAAAUUCUGAACGUGAUCCUUCUUUCAUCACAUGAGAAGUUUUCAGGAACCUGAGAUUAAAAUUAGUCUGUUUUCUAGAACAGCUCUCACACGGAUUACAACACUUGCUCUUUUCAGUUUGAGGGGCGCCAUGGAGGACCCGCAGUUCCUGCAGGUGUGGCCCAUUCCUAAUGGAUGCCCGUUACUGCUCGUCUGAAGCACUUUGCUGGGAUGCUGUAUCGUCCAGCCCCAUGUCCUCCUGGCUCGCUCUUCGGCACAUCACCCUGAGGUUCUCUGCCAAAGCCUCAGCUAGACUGCGAUCGCAGAGCUGGCCCUGCUCCAUGGCAUCAGUGGGUUCACACGGCUCUGAGAAGUGCUUCCAAAGAGAAGAGAGAAGUAGCAGACAGCUCAGUACAUGUCAUUGCCAGUUUCUCCUAGUCAGGACCCCCAGCUGCCCAGAAUAGCUAAAGCACCCAUAUGCCCAGCGCACCUGAGGUCAGGUUCUAAGGCCAGGUCAAACUACAGAGGCCGGGGCUUAGCCUUUGAGGAAAGGACAGAAGCCACAAUCUACCACAGGGCCUAUGAAGGGGGUCCUUUUCACAGACAGUCUAGGUAUGUUAGAAAGGGAUGGACUUUGGCAAAAAGGUCAUUGUGUGCCUGGAUGGCCUGUGUCAUGUUGGUGCCACUUCAUACACACUUAGCCCUGCCGUGGAUGCUGGGUUCCUGAGGUUUGGCCCAGAACAGGAGCAUAGAGACCUUUUUAUUCUGGACACACAUAGUCUCAUGGACUUAAUCAUCCUUGUUGGAGAGAAGGAAGGGGAUGGGUCCCAGAGCCACACACUCCUUUAAGACCGUGACUUAAACACAGGCUACCCAAAAAACCCUAUUGCCAUCAAGUCGAUUCUGACUCUUAGCGACCCUAUAGGACAGAGUAGAACUACCCCAUAGGGUUUCCAAGGAGCGGCUGGUGGAUUUGAACUGCUGCCGAUCUUUUGGUUAGCGGCUAUAGCUCUUAACCACUAUGCCACCAGGGACUGGAGGUAGGGAAUGGUGCGAUACUUCGUACAUUUUUAUUGAGGAAAUGAGAAAAAGGGAGGGAAGUUUAUCGGCCUGGUUUUCUAACUACCAGUUGCCAUCAAGUCAACUCUGACUCAUGGUGACCUCAUGUCUGUCAGAGUAGGACUAUGGUCCUGAGAGUUUUCAGUGGCUGCUUUUUGGAAUUUGGUUACCAGGCCUUUCUUCCAAGGUACCUCUGAAUGGACUUGAACCUCCAACCUUUUGGUUAGCAGCUGAGUGUGUUAAACAUUUGCACCACUCAAGGAAUCUUAUCUAACUAAACUUAAUUAAAUCUUUUGAAGAAACCAGCUCCCUUCCUCUUGGCAGGUAGCCUGUGAGCUCCAGGAAGCCAUGACCCUGCCAGUUGACCCCCGGUGCUGAACCCCAUUGUCUUUUUAGACUAAUAUGUCACAGUUUGGUGUCCGGGUGGCUGAAGGCAGUAGCUGUUUUGCGUCCACAGGGGAGGAAGGCACUUCUACCUAAAGAGCAUCACCCAUGGAAGGAGAGAACAGUGACAGACCAGAAGGCCCAGGGUAGCCACCAGUCUCUACCUCCCAGUAACUGCACUGAGGACUGGGAGCAAGCAGAGUGUUACUCUCAUGCUUGGUGAAGAGCACAAACCUUGGGCCAAAAAAUGUGGUAACAUCGAAGAGGAGCAUGGGGAAUCACCACAUCUGAGGGCUGUUUUUGCCCUGAUGCUACCUCCUACCUCUUUACCAUGUUAUACAAUACAACCCCUGGUUCUCCAUCUCUAUGUGUGUGUAUGUGUAUAUAUAUGUGGGGGGGUGUGGGGGUGUGUGUGUAUGCAUGCAUACAUGUAUAUUUAGUACUCAUGUGAUAUCAGCUAGCCUGGGGUCUUGGAUAAGUAACAGUUUAUUCACAUGAAGCCCUUAAAACUCUCUUUUUCUAGUGUUGAAAUACCUGAAAGUAGUAGGCACCUCACCAGCUGUUGAAUUAAACCGGAUGGAGAGGAAGCAAUGCUAACCUACCUCCAGUGUGGACAUGUUUCCUCUCUUCUCCCUUAGGCCAGAAUGCUAGAAGAGAAUGAACUAAAACGUGCUUCCAUUGCAUGCGUGAGUGGAGGGCACCCCCCUUUCCAUCCCCAGGUUCAAUGCUACUGAUGACAAUUCUGCCCAACUCCCGCAGUGGGCAACCUCCAACAGUGCCUGGUGUUGUUAUUUACAGGACGGGCACUCUAUAGCCUGCCUGGGUCAGAGCACUGCCCAGCUGUUUUGUGUCUAAUGACCUGGCGGUUUCUCACUCUGGGAGCCCUAUAAGGAAGGUGAUGCAAGUCUGCAGGCAGGUGUCACCUGUUAGAGAUGCGUGGGCUGGGCCCCCAUAUUACUAGCCUGGUCACGCUCCGGCCUGCUAACGUCGUGUCUCCUUACCCGUGUGGCCUGACCUGAGGCUCUGGCCGAGGGACCCAUCACGAUGUUGACACUGCUGGAUGACUGGCUAUCACUGGUAUUGCCACCCUCUGCAGCAGAAAGUCCAGAAAUAACAAGGGCACUGGAGAAGCUCCUCUUGCCGAAGAGGAAGCUCAGGGUGGAGCUGGUGGAUGAGCCCAAGCUGGAUCUGAUCAGUGCCUCGGCCCUCUCACGGACGCUCAGGUGGCCUGUGGUGGUUGCGGGUGGCGGCUGAGAGUGCAGGGACACAGCCGAGUUAUGUAAGGAAAGCUGGCUACUGGAUAGCCUUGGGGCCAACUCAUGGACUGAUGUGGACUUCUGGAUGAAGGGCUGGUGGCUGUCCAGGAUGGGGCCCGACAAACUCAAGAUGGGCGGUCUUUGGCUCAAAGCCUCAUGUGCCUGGACAGACUGGCUCCUGCCUUUCUUCCUGCCUUUGAAAGAAAGCAGAACACAUUGUAGCCACAGGGGAUUGCUAACAACGCCUGAGCCCUCGGGUAGUGAUACAGGCAGGCAGCCUGCUCUGUGUGGACCUGAGGGACCAGAUGAGCCCACCACCUUGGACACUGGAACUGAGACCGAGAACUGCAGGGCUCAGCCACUUUCUUCAUAUAAAUAAGGCUGGGAACUGAAGGCGCUCACCAAGACUGUAGGACUAGUUAGUGGCUACAUACCGGGCAAGAAUGCAGGUAUCUACAGUGGCACGUUAGCCAUGUGGUAGAAACGGGUGGAUUA